CCUCUUUACUACUCUGUUGCUUUUCUUUCUUUUUAUCUUUUUGCAAGCUUCAGAGUUUCCUUCCUUCCAUUCCAUUCGCCUGUUGCCGCAGCAGCACCGCAUGCUUGCCAGCGGCCCUCUCUUCUUCCCUUCCCAAAACGGAAACUCUUUCCUUUCACCUUCAUAAAUACUCCAAUUGCAGUUUACUCUACCUUCCCCUCUUUUUCCGCUCCUCUUCCGGAUUGCUUUUUUGAUUGUUGAGCUUCUUGGUCUUUCGCGGCUUUCUCCUUUCCUAUCAUCAGAGGCCUUUUUUUUUUUUUGUGGUCGUGAAUGAGAGAAAGAACGCAACUUUCCGGGGUUUCGAGGGAUUAUAGGUUUACAAGGCCCCUAAAUGUGUACAGCCUUGUAUUGGUGUGGAUGAAGUUGAUGAAGCUGUGGAUGGUCAUGAAGCCUGUUUCUUUCACAAUACCAUGAGCAUGACCAUUUGUUUGUUUGUUAAAAGAUAUCCUGGUUUCAUGAUAUGCCUUGAUAGGAGUGUAUGGAGAGGUUGAUUAUGCUAGAUUCAUGUUUGUCAAAUGAGAGGGAAAUCCAACGUUUUUCUAGUAAACAUCUUCUUUGUGUUUUCAGGAUUCCGUACUGCGAGAGAUGAACGCUGAUGAGAGCAGCAGCAUAGCAUUGAACGACUUGGGACUUGUUCUGAGUUACUCGAAUCGUUCUAUUCAAAGGAGAUUGAAUAACGGCGAAGGUUCAGGUGCAGGUACAAAUGCAGGCCCAAAUGUAGAAAUGACAUUUGCAGCAGCGACUGACCCCUUGUCUGAGCUAGUUUGGUCCCCAAGGAAAGGAUUGAGCAUCAAAUGUGCUGAUCGCAGCUUCUUUGGCAGAAGACAGCCCUCUCAUUUGUUGGUUUCGAGAUCUAGAGAUAUUGUAAUGGGUUCAAGCAUUGACAAGACUCUGAAGGAAGAAGAAGAUAAUUCUAUGGAAAGGGAUGCUAAUGUAAAGAGUGAAGCUGGUGACAUGCAUCAGCUUCCAAAUGGCAUGGAGAUCAUGCCAUUGAGUGGAUCAUUUCACGACCUCAAAAAAGCCGAGCACGAAUCUGAUGUGGCACAACACGGUCAAACUUCUCAGGAACCUGGUAAGAGAGUAGAAAAUAUCGCUGAUGGAAGCAAGUUAGUGGCACCACCAGUUGUUUUAGCUUCUGGUGAGGAUACCUGCAAAGAAUGCAGCCCUGGAAUGCAAGCUGAAGCCUCCUUGGAGGAAAUACCUGAAGCAUCCGCUCACUUUGUGGAGAACGAGAGAAAAGAUGAAGUCGAGGCUGAAGUUCAUGGCCACGAAAGGGAGGAAUCAUCGGAUGAAAAUGAUAUAGGAAGUCCUCUACUAGGCCAAAGUAAACAUGUGGCGAGACUGGAGCAUUGCUCAAUCCAGGAUGACGAGGAUGAGUCAUUUCCUAGAGAGGUGAAACAAGCAGUCAAACAGUCACCCACGAAUAGCAGAAACAAAAGCUACCGAAGGAAAGGCAAGGCCAAAGUUUUGUCCGAUGGAGAUGUGAAUGGGAAGCAGUUAGAUGAUGGAAGUGAAAGUGAUGAAAGUAUUGAAAGCUGCACUAGUGCUCGCCACUUUUCCAAAGGGAAGAGGAGGGCGAACUUUGACCUACCGUUGAUGCUUGGAAGUAAAAGAGUGAAAAGGCCAGUCCAAGACACCGCUGGUUCAUCGUCGUCAUUGCUUAGACAAGAUAGCUCGUUCGUGAAUUGGAUUUCAAACAUGGUGAAUAAUGGGCUCUUGAAAACAACACAGCAGGGGGAGACAGCACCUUCACUUACUCUCACUGUUGCGAACUCUGAAAAUAAUGGGAAUGGUAAUUCCGGAGGUCCUAAUCUUCUCCAAUGCAACAAUAGGAGCCGAGAUUCCAGCAGCAGAGAUGCUGGAUUCCAGUCCAUUUUCCAGUCCUUGUACUGUCCAAAGCACAAGGCUCAAGAUAAUGUUUCUGUGGAUCUGGAUCAUCAAAUGGAAGCUGAAAAAGUCACCAAACCAGAUAGCCAAAUGUGUGACGUUAGUGCCACUCCAAUUGCCUGUCGUCCUGUGACUGGUAAUGUCUUCCAACCAUUUCUCCCAUCUUUGGAAAAAUUCAAAGGCUCUACACCAAGCAAUGGGGUCGAGAAUAAUAACUUAACUCAAGCAAAAGAUUCAGGUGGUUCAGGAAGUUUUAAGGAGCAGAAUGGAAGAAGCUCCAAUUCCUCUCAUGGUAGAGCAGGGAUAAACGCUGCUGAUAAUAUCAGUGACAAAGUUGACCCCUUUGCAAGUGCAUGGAUAAUGCGGUUUAUACCAAAACCUUCUGGUUCUCCAAUUCGUAAGGGAAUGCCAGCCAAGUCUCACUUACAGAACCUUCUUACUUCAUCCACAGCCCGUGCAAUAAUCGAAGGCGAUGAGCAGUCGGAUGAAGGUCUGCGUCAUGUAAAGGCUUGUUCUAGUAGUGCUGAUGCUUCAUUUAGUUUCUACAAAGUGAAGAGCCACCACCUUGGUGAGUCGUCCUCAAUUAAGCGGAACCCGGUCCUUCCUUCCCAGAGGUUCACAAAUUCCGAAGCAAUGGCCUCCGUGUUUGCUAGGAGAUUGGACGCCCUAAAACAGAUCAUGCCAUCGGAUGAUAAAGCUCACUCAGCCAUAAUAUGUUUCUUCUGUGGAGCGAGAGGUCACCAUCUGAGAGAUUGUUUGGAGAUGACCGAUGGCGAGCUUGAAGAACUUUUCAGGAACUUUACUUCGUACGAAGGAAGAGAAGAGCCACCAUGUUUCUGCAUCAGAUGCUUUCAGCUGAACCAUUGGGCUGUUGCAUGCCCUAGUGCACCAUCCAGUGUAACUCCUCGGCUCAAUGAACUUGGUGGUGCAGUCAAACUGCAGCUUAACUGGAGAAACAACCACAAUGAAAAGCGAUUAGAACCAUCCUCAACUAGCCGAUAUCCAGUUGCCAGUGAGAAUACAGCUUGUGCUACAAAUUAUCUAGUAGACAAAGUUUCUCAUGAAGCUACCACUAGCAGUAAAAAACCUCGAUUGGUCGAGUUAAACUGCAUAGACAAAGGCGCUUCAAGCCCGGGAGGAACCAGAUCAAAGGAAAGGCAGGUGCACCCUUUUCUCAAGUCUUCCAGUGGAGGCAUUUUUGGUGUCCCAAAAGGAAUAUCUGAUGCUGUGAAAAGCCUUCGCUUUUCUCGGACCGACAUUCUCAGAUGGAUGAAUACUGGAGUGCCACUCAAGCGGCUCGAUGGCUUUUUCCUUCGUCUAAGACUAGGAAAAUGGCAAGCGGGAUUUGGGGGAACCGGGUACCACGUAGCUCGUAUAGCAGUAGCCGACGGGGAGAGUUCACAACCAAAGUCCAGGACUACUUCUCUACCUGUAGAUAUUGGUGGGAUCAGAUGUGUAGUGGAGGCUCCAUACGUUUCCAACCAGGAUUUCCGUGAGGACGAGCUCAUGGCGUGGUGGUCUGCAGCGCGGAAGGGAGAUGGUGGUACCAAGGUGCCAUGCGAAGAAGACUUGAGAGUCAAGCUUAAAGAAAAGCAAAUGCUGCUGGGGCUUUGAGUCACCUGCUGAAGAGGGCUUGCUUCCAUGCUUCUUUUCCCCCUGCUGUCUUGUUUUUUGACAGAGAUACCAGAAAGGCUUUUUUACUUGAGAGAACUUUGAUCUGAAUAUGCUGUAGAGAAAGGUGUUCAAGUGCAAUAAUGGGUUUUGUUUCCUUGUAGAUAAAGCAAAAAAGGAGCUGGGAUAGGUGUAAUAUGGUCUGGGUAUAUAGGAACCAAUAAUGACUUACAAAUUAUCCCAUUAAUUAAUUUGUUUACAGUAACCGAGAGGAGUUGGAAACUAAUCUGACGAUAGUGCUGAGUGCUAACCCUCGUUGGCUGGGG